UUGUAUAUAAAGCGUAUUCUUGGAGCCCAUUUGGCCACUUGGGCAAAUUGUUGAGCACCUUAGUAUCGAUUGAUAUAAACCAAGACAAAAUAAAGAAAAUAUGGAAUGCAUGUAUUUAGUGUUACAACUUGUCCUCGCAGUGUACUUAGUAUUAGGAGACGAUCAUUUAACAGCGCCGCCGGAAAAUCCUGUUACGUAUCCCGACGGUGAUCCACGGAAAUGCACUUUGCAUAAAAAUGAUCGAGUGUUGCGGUUUGAGGUGCUCCCCGGCAGAGGUUGGGAUAAUCUACGAAAUCGAGAAAUGGGCAUAAUAUCAAACUAUAGCUAUUCGCAAUGCAGAACGACAGAAGACGGCAAAUUUCUCAUUCCCGACGGAAUUUCCACCAUCCCGAUUAAAAGCAGUAAGGUAGAAACGUAUGCGGAAUUGAUCACACAUUGGGACAACUUCACAAGUACCUUAUCAAAAGGGGUAAAUAUUCACGCGGGACUUCACCUUGGUAAAGUGAGUGUCAGCGGAAAGUAUUCCAACGAAUAUGAGAGCGUGAAAUCCAAGCAACAUUUUGAUAAAUCCAUGACAACUAGAGUUCAGGCCCGUUAUGUACAAUACACUGCAAAGCUCGAACCUGAUACCAAAGUCAACGAGGUGUUCCGGGCUCGUCUGCGAAAAAUAGCUGCUCAUAUAACGCUGAACCGCACAGAUAUCGCCCGUUACGAGAGUCAACUUUUAGUACGAGACUUUGGAACCCACGUGAUAACUAGCAUAGAUGUUGGAGCGGCUUUAGUUCAACUAGACCACGUUACCGCUACAUUUGUAAAGAAAUACGAAUCUCAGAAGCACCAGAUCCUAGCAUCGGCAAGUGCCAGUUUCUUUGGAAUAUUCGACUUUGGGGUCAGCUAUUCCAAAUCAACUUCGAAAACAAUGAUAGACGAAUACCACAAACAACGAACAUCCUCAAAGAUUAUGACAUUUGGUGGUCCAGUAUUCAGACCAAAUAAUUUCACCGCAAACAACUGGUCAAGUUCCAUAUAUAACGACAUGGUAGCCCUCGAUAGAAGCGGAGAUCCUAUAUAUUACCAAAUAAAUCACGUCAAUCUUCCCAAUGUACCAGAGUCAACCGUUUAUGACGUAUAUGAUUACGUCAAAGACGCAGUACAUAUGUACUACGGGCACAACAUUCAUAGAGGCUGCACGAACGAAGAGUCUCCAAACUUUAGUUUCCAGGCCAAUGUUGAAGAUGGCACCUGUGUUGCAUCUCAAACGAAUUUCACCUUUGGUGGUGUCUAUCAGAUUUGUACAGGUGGUGGCUAUACUAACCUUUGUUCGGGAAUAACACAGAAAAACCCACAGACAGGUGAUUUCAGCUGUCCGGAUGGUUAUGAGUCAGUUCCUCUUAAAGAAGGGACAAAACACUCUCAACGACGACGCAGAUCAUGCCAUAGAUGCUGGUGGUUUUGCCAUUGCUGCAAGACUGUAACUGACAGAGCCUAUGCCAGUUAUUCUGCAUUCUGGUGCGCCGCAACUGUACAAGUUGAAGCGAACAGCGGCUUUCUUUUUGGAGGACUGUUCACGUCUAAAAUGGCAAAUGUACUUACACAAAGUAUGAGUUGCCCUCCAGAAUUCUAUCCCCUUAAACUUCUUGAUUCUCUAACUAUUUGUGUAAGUGAUGAUUAUGAGUUAGGAUAUCGAUACUCCCUCCCAUUUGCCGGGUUUUAUAGCUGCAAAGCGGGAAACCCAUUGGCAUUGAAAGAGCAAAGUGAUCUGCUUCAAAGUAGCGGUAGAACAAGUAUGAUGAUGACGUAUAUGAAAGACCAAGGAAUGACGUCAUAUCCGCAUUCUUGUCCUAAAGGUUACAGUCAACAUUUGGCGAUUGUAGAUGAGGGAUGUAGUAUCAACUAUUGUAUAAAGACAGGAGCUCUCUCUGCACAGGGCCUGCCAAAGGUUCAGAGACCGCCGUUCAUGGACGCCCCAAAAGAUGGCUUCACUAUGAUAGAUUCUGAGAGUGUCGUUGUAAGCAGUGACGGAGCGCUUUGGACAAAUAUUGAAGACGCUGAUGUAAUGGUUCCAAAAUUUAUGGCGCAGCAUGGUUUGUUCCACGCAAGUACUGAAGCGCCUAUUGGUACAGCUCAGUAUAAUUCAGACAGCAAAAGGGCGGAGAAGGGCCUUUCUGGUGGCGGUAUUGCUGCCAUAUCUAUUUCGGCUGCCCUCGCUUGUGCUUUGAUUGGUACGAUAAUAUUUAUAACAAUAAGGAAAAAGCGAAGCCGCGUUGGACUUUACAGGGAGUCGGAUCCUUGGGCCGGGGAAGCAAGAAGCAUCAACCCGCGGUCUACUCGUAAUUACAGCAAUAUAGAAGACAAGACUCCAACUGUAUCAACACGCACUUAGAUAAAAUGGGGGAAUAUAAACUUUCCUUGAACAAAAUGUUUCGGUUGAAAUUUUUAUCAAGUGUUAUCAAUAUGACGAUAAAAGUAAGGAUUUGUGUAAAUAUCUGAUUUUUAAAACCUGUCUUGACUCACGUUUCAUGUGGUAUGUAUCGCAUGUUAAUUAAUUUCCCUUUCACAAGGAAAUUUGAAAAGAUCUGUCAGAAAUAGGAUAUUUCACUUCUUUAUAAAUCAAGUACUUGCUGUCAAUGAUAUCUUCGUGUGGUAUUUUGAAGGAUUAUUUUAUUUCCCUAUAAUGUCUUGGGCUAGUCGUAAAUAUACCUCGGUACAUUUAAAAUAACUUUGAAUACACACUAUGUAUCAGAAAUAGAAUAUUUGUUUAGGAAGGACACAUGAGAGUUUCAUAAUUAUUUAAUACUAAUUUUGGAGCAUGUAACAUGCGCGUCACUUGUAGCAAGUAGCACUGAUUGUUAAAGUUUUAAUUAUAGGUAGCAAAAUAUAAACAAAGAACUAUUAUGAAUAUCUUACAGAAUACUAAUCAGUAAAACUUUUCUUAUUGCAAGAAGGUAACACAAAUAAAAGAUAGUUUAGAUAGCUGGUUACUGAGUAAUAUUUUUGGACAAUAUAACAGUACAUAGGAAAUAAAAAAGCCGUCGAGAUAUAAAGAUAAAAGUUCUAGGAAAGAAUAAGCCUUUUAAGGAAAAAGAAUUCAUCAACAUUAUAAAGAGCUAUGAAUAAAAUACUGUUCACAUAAACCAGUAACGUCUUUAUAUGAAAAUGACAGUUUACUGAAAUUUAGUAUAUUUAAUGCCUGGUACCAUUACGACUAGAAAAUAAUAGGUAUUGUGCACAACUGCAGUCAGAAAUAUUUCGUUGCUUACAUAAUGAUAUGUCGUUACCGUUGAAACAAUAUAUAGUUUAAAUAAGAAUACACUAAAAGUAUGGUAAGAGAUCUUUAGACAUUUUACCUGUAUUUGGCUUUAUUGGUAUUGGUAGAAUGGAUCAGACCUGACGCUUUAUGUCCUAGCAAAAUACAAGUUUCUGAUCAAAACAUGAAGUAUUUUUAACAAAACUAUCUUCUUUUUCAAACCAACAUAAUGGAUCGAAAGAAAAUAAUUUUCUACCACACUAUCUCCAAAUUAUAGCUCGGGCAGUAAGUAGUAAGCAUCUGCUGCAAACUAUGGUUAAUCUCAUUGCUGCAGGGAAUUUGACACUUUUAUGUGAAUAAGCAAGCCAGCUUACGAACGUUCACUGUUCUAUUCAAAUCAUGCCUGGAAUAAUACACCAGUAAAGCUGGAAAAUUGUCAUAUGACCUAUAUACAUGUAUAUAUACAGAGGACAGUUCGUUUAAAGUUUUAUCAAAUUACAUUGAUUACAAAACAAAUCACACCAAGGAAAGUGUACACGCAGAUGAAGUAGUCGUUUUCGAAAUAUUUUUACAUGACGUUGAAUUUGCAUUUUUUUUCGUAAAUUUAUAUUUUUGUUUGACUUUUUUUAUUGUCAUAUGUUUGAAACCGAGGUUUAAUCGCAUGACGUCAUAUGGUCAUAUGGCGGAAACGUAACAUUAAUUUUACUUCCAUUUUGUUUAUAACAUGCCCACGUAGCGUUUCCGGUUCCUUAAUACUAGUACGAAUGGAGAUUCAAUUCUGUGUUUGUUGAAAGUUCAAUAAAAUUAUAUUAUG